CGCAGCAAUCAUACCCAGCACCCAUCUCGACGGGAAAUAGUCGCGUCGCCAUCUCGGUCAGUUUACCGACACAAACCGAAUAAUUCAUUACCCCUUAAUUCGUUUCCUCGGUUCUCCGUCACCACCGUCAAGAUGGGCAUAGGCGGAUCGAAGCUCUUGGGCUGGCUCUCGCUGCUCAUGAAGCAGAAAGAGAUGCGCAUUCUGAUGGUUGGUCUUGAUGCUGCCGGCAAGACCACCAUCCUGUAUAAGCUCAAGCUGGGUGAAGUCGUCACCACGAUUCCCACCAUCGGUUUCAACGUCGAGACGGUCGAGUACCGCAACAUCCAGUUCACCGUGUGGGAUGUCGGUGGCCAGGACAAGAUCCGGCCUCUGUGGAGACACUACUUCCAGAACACGCAGGGUAUCAUCUUCGUCGUCGACAGCAACGAUCGUGACCGUGUGCCCGAGGCCCGUGAGGAACUGCAGCGCAUGCUCAACGAGGACGAGCUGAGGGAUGCUCUUCUUCUGGUUUUCGCCAACAAGCAGGAUCUGCCCAACGCCAUGAGUGUCGCCGAAAUCACAGACAAGCUUGGCCUCCACAGCCUGCGGCAACGCACCUGGUACAUCCAAUCCACUUGUGCCACCUCGGGUGACGGUCUGUUUGAGGGUCUCGACUGGCUUGCCACGGAAAUCAAGAAGAACAACUAAAUGCAACAUCUGGAAACCUCCGGGGACACGCGUUCCCCUCCAACCUCGGUCAAGCAUGGUUCGAUGGUGCUCUAUCCAAUAUCCCGUUAGGCAAUCAGUCGACUAGCCCAUGAACAACCCCUUUUUUUUCUUUUUACGCGGUUGGUUCCUGCAUCGUGAAACGCCGCUCAUGAGACGCAAAUGAAAGAAGCAAGCAAGCAAGCAAGCAAGCGAGGGGGGAAAAGGGGCGGUGGGAUGCGGUGGCCGACACUCUUUUUUUCUGAAACUCCUGGUCACUUUUUUCGGAAAGACGGAGAAGGCGCACUGGGUUUUUGGGAGAAAUCAUGUACAAUCUGAUACAUUCGUCAUGGAGAGAUGUUGCUCAUUUGAACUGCUUUCCUCGACUUGCCCACCUCUCCGCGAACUAACUAAUCCCCCAGGCCUGCCCAACUCCUUGUUGUGGAUUUCCCUCUUCCUUCUCUUCUUCUCGUUUUGUGUCUUAUGUAGGCGGAGAGGGGCCGUACUGAGCUGGAGGAGGCGAACUAGCAGUGUUUAUGGGCUGCUUGGGUGGAGUUGGUGUGAGGAAGCGAAACUGAGCAUGAGCAAGUGAAUGGCGAAGCCGAAGAGAAGCAAAGCGAGGCAAGCAGUGAGUGCAUGGGUUGGGGGAAGAGCAACAGGUGUGUGUAUCUGCGAGUCGGUUGAUGAUUGCGGGAAGCGGGAGAAGGAGCUGGGGGAGAGGAGGGGGGAAUGAUGGCUGUAAACACCAUUGCUAAUCUACUUGUUGCGAAUACGAAUUUACUGCUUCUGCUUUUCUU